CUACGCACGCUCUUCACCCUCUCGCAGUUAAUCUGGUCCCAUUAGUACACAUUCGUGGAGUUUUUGAAGUGUUCAGAUAACAAAAGUUCAUCCACCACACUGGCGAAAGGAUACUUUUAUUUGACUACGUGAGUCAUAAAAACUUGAAGUUUAUGAGCAUGACUUGUAAUUUUCUCUCGCCGUUUCUCCAAAUCGACGACUGCUUCGUGACGUUUCAGGACCCUCUUCACGACAACACUGCACCCCAGUGAGGAGACUGAUGUUCUCCUCCACGGAGUCAGCUCAGACAUGAUGACCCAGAUACUGAAUUUUGUUUAUUUUCGUGAGGUUGACAUCCACUCCGACAACGCGCGUCAGCUGCUCCUGACGGCUGACUACUUGUAUAUACCAGGCUUUACUGACCUCUGCUGCGACUUCCUCAUGGACGCGAUGGGCGCCGACAACUGUAUCGGCAUCAUGAAUUUCGCAAGGUCUCACUUCAUCGCCGACCUUGAGACUCGCGCACAUCGCUUCGUUCUGCGCCACUUCGUGCAAGUGUCUCAGCAGAGCGAAGAACUGCUGGAACUGCCUGCAGAGGAGCUGCAAGCGAUAAUCGGGACCGAGGAACUGAACGUGAAGGACGAGAAAGUUGUGUGGGAGUGCAUUCUCCGGUGGAUCAACCACGACCCGGACAACAGGAAAGGCCAUAUCGCGGACCUUUUGAAGGGCGUCAGACUGGGACUACUUGACGCAAAAUUUUUCGAGGACGAGGUAAAAAAACACCCGUACGUGACGGAAAACGAGGAGUGCAAACCCGUGAUCUCGGAGACGCUCACGUUCCUACGCGACGUGCAAAUGUUGACGAAGGAAGGCAAGGAAUUCGUGACACCAAGGAUUGCCUACCCACGAAUCCCACAGGACAUUCUGUUUGUUAUUGGUGGGCUUUCUAAAAGAAGUGCUACAGAUGAGAUCGAAGCGUACGACGUACGAGCAGACCGGUGGAGUGUGGUGGAGGGGGUCGAUUUGAUUAGUACGCGAAAGUACCAUCGCACGGCAGUAGUCGGUUUCGACAUUUACGUCAUCGGUGGAAAGGAUGGCGGGGAAAUAUUAAGCUCCUGUCGCUGCUUCAACGCUGUUACGAAGACAUGCCGCGAGGUGGCGCCUAUGAAUGCCCGGAGACACAGUUUAAUAGUGGCAGUUCUGCGAGGUUCAGUGUACGCCAUGGGCGGUCUCUAUGAUGGUCUGCGUCUCAGUACGGCGGAAAGAUACGACUGCGAGACAAAUCAGUGGUCGUGGAUCGCUCCUAUGAACAUAGGGCGAAGAGAUGUAAGUGCGGCUGUGCUGAAUGACAAAAUAUACGUCCCUGAUGGAUCUUUUUCUAAGGAUUAUGUAACAUCGGUGGAAGUGUAUGACCCGGACACCGACCAGUGGACGUUCGUUGCACCAAUGCUUUUUGGACGUAGGGAUUUUUCUUGCGUCGCGUUCCACGGCUGUCUGUACGCCCUAGGAGGAAGAAACUCAUCAUCAUUCAAGCUCAGUACCGAAAAGUAUGACCCUGCAGAAGACACGUGGACCGAGGUCCCUGCCAUGAACUUCUAUUCAAUUUUCUUACGCGCAGAAGUGAUGGACGACACGAUCUUUGUCAUCGGUGGAUUUAGCAUCGGGAAAGCCGGCUUCAGUGUCAAACGUUACAAUGACAAGGAAAAUCGAUGGUACCAGGUGACAAACAUGAAUUUUUGGAGAUCAGAGAUGUCGACUUGUGUCAUCGAGAACCUACCGAAUGCAAGAGAUUACGCCUACAAACACAGAGACAAAUUAAUGGAGGAAAAACGUAAAGAAAAUGUUAAAUUGGGAAAAUCAAUAUUUUGCAGUAGAUUCCAACCACGACGAAGACAUUAAUUUUAAUUACUUUCCUUACGAAAAUAACGUAGAAAUGUGGGAAUUGAUGUAGGAGCCACAAAGAAAAAUAAAGAGAAAUAUUGCUUGCAGCAAA